AUGACGGCUGGCUCUGUCUCAGUUCCUCAGGUCAUACCACUUCGAAUCCCUCUUCCAGGGAAGGCUAAACAUGAAAUAGACACAAAUACUCUUGUAGAAAUAAAAUCAGAUGGAAGUAAGCCAGAACUCUUUAGAAAACCUGGCUGUGGAGAGCAAAACACUUUUAAGUAUAAGGGUCCUAUCAUGUUACCAGCUGGGAAAAUAAUGGUUAAAGCACUGGCAGUUACAAAGGACUGCAGGGAGAGUACAGUUGUAACAAAGGUGUUUCUGGUAGAGUACAAGCAGCCAAAUGCCCUUUUCACUGUUGAAGAGGAUGACAAGGAUCUCCUAAAAGAUAGCACCACUCAGGAGAGGAAACGUGGUAUAUGUAUUACAAAACCAAAGAAGAAUGGAGUCAAUGUGGAAAUCAAGCCUGCCUGGAGUGAAGCAUCUCAAGAUUUUCAAGACUUGGAAACAGAAACGAAGACUACUCACAGGUCCCUGCAAGGACCACAGCUCUUUGCCAGCCAUUUGGAAACAGCAGAGUACAGCGAGGAAUCUGUCUCAGCACCACCAAUAGAGUCACUACAGUUUGCUAGUUCUCCUGCAGUGACUAGCAGGAAAAGCUUAGCAAGCACGCAGCUGUCAAGGAUCCAGAGGGAGACAGAUUUCCUCAAAUGUGCAUGCUGUUCUGCACCUCGCCUGUCUGACCCAUUGGCUCACUUCUGUCAGGAAUGUGGAUGUCCUGUCCCACCUGUGACAGUACGUUGCUAUCCACCCCCUGAAGGAGCACAGAUGGCACCAUGUCUUGAAUGCAGACAUCUUGUGCCAAUGAAUACACCCUCUUGCAUUGUAUGUGAGUCGCCGAUAGCUCCACAGCUGCAGCCCCAAACCAACAUCUGCAUAAAGGGCAAAGUAAUUUGUCAGGCGUGUGGCACAGGAAAUCCUCUUCACCAUAAACACUGUGUGACUUGUGAAAGCAAGCUGCCUGAAAUACAGAUGCCCAUGUUUGGAGGCACCCCCCCACCAUACCACAGCCAGCAAAGCAAGACAGUUUCAUGCUCAAAAUGCCAUCGCGUUAACCAGAGUGAUGCCCGUUUCUGUGACUGGUGUGGAGCCAAGCCUGGACCUCCUCCAUCCUACUUUUCUUGUUUUAAGUGUGGUACAAACAAUCAUCCAUACGCUCACUUCUGCGGAUCCUGUGGUGUUUACAUAGAGCCCCCAUCAAGGGUGGGUUCUCCCAGUGGUAGUCUCAUGGAUGCUGGGGACUCACUGGUGGUUUCUGAGUCUAAACGAUUUCAAGCUCAAGUUGCCUGGCAGCCUUUUCCUAUUUCCUUGCCCAAAUCAAGGGCAGAACUAAAAGAAAGAGAAGAUAAAGGAACCCAAACCAUUGGACUUUUUUACCCAUCUAGCAAACUGUUGGAAAAGAAGGAGCUUGAGCUGAUUGCACAAAAAGAAAAACUGGAAAAGAUGAGUGAUCAUAAACCUCUCCUGACAGCUAUUAGUCCUGGAAAAGGUUACUGGAGAAAACAGCUGGAUCACAUCUGUGCUCACCUUAGAAGCUAUGCUCAGAACAACCUUGAAUUCAGAGCACUGAUUGGAGAACCUCGAAUGGGAAAGGUAGGAAGGAGCUUCUUGCAUGAAGAUGACUAUGAAGUCACUAUUACACUGAAUUAUGCUCUUGCUAUUAACAAGAAUAUUCACACUAAUAAGCCAGUGAAGUUCAGCAAUCAUUACCUGACAGCUGCUGCAACAGAAGUCAGAGAUGGAAAGGAUGGCAGUCAGACUAGUUUGGGCAAAGAUGAUCAUAAUCUUUUCCAUUCAAGAGGCAAAAUAAAGAGAACAAAGUCAAGAACACUUACAGAAAAAGAAGAUAAGCUCCCCCCAGAGUCCAGACAACUACUGGAUGAACUGGGUCCAAAUGGGAAAGGAAGAAUCCCCUUGGUAGAACAAUUACUCAGUGAAGGAGCUGAACCAAACUGCAUCAGUGAUGAGGACCAACCUGCUCUCACUGUUGCUGUCCUUAACAAGCACGCAGAAGCCAUCUCUCUUCUGGUGCAGAAAGGUGCCAACAUCAACCAGCAAGCAGGACAAUAAGCAAACACGCACAACAACACCGCCCUCCACGAGGCAGUUCUGCUUGGACCAGAGGGAGAGGAGUGCGUCUAAAUUCUCUUACACUGCAAUGCAAGCAUAAAGAAGAACGCAGAAGGGCAAUCAGCAUAUGAUUUGGCUGUCACAGCUGGAAAUAAUGAAGUGAUUUCACUGUUCACAAGUAACCUUGGACAAGGAACAUUAGUCAAAUUUAUGAAACCCAGGAACACUGGUCAUGUCAGCAUGUGA